UUUAUUUCUGCAGCAAAUAAACACAUUUGUUUGCAGAAGUUGGUAAGAACUGAACAAUUGCUAUUUAGGCCCCGAUAAAUAGUCUUUAUAUAUGUUAUUACUAACCAAAUUAUUGUAUUUGCAUUUUUAAAGCCAUCCAUUCACUGCAGUACUUCAGGGCAGUAAACAGGACGUGUAAAUAUGUCCUUUGCGCUGGUGGAUGGACAGCAGAUGUAUUAUAGCUCCAGUAACAACAGCAUGAUCGUGGCUGAAUGGAUGAAGAUGUUUCCUAGAGCAGAUUCCUGGAAAAGAGAGACCCAGCGCAUUUCUGGUGAACAACGGAGAUCAUACAAUGCAGUGGCUUUAUGGCUGUGAGACUGCUGAUGACGGCACCAUCAGAAACUACAACUAUUACAGUGUUGAUGGAGCAGAUUUCCUCUAUCUCAAUAUGAACACUCUCACCUGGACUGCAGCUAACAACGAAGCUGAGAUCUUCAGAAAUGAGUGGGACACUGAAGGGCGUGAGGCUCAGUUCAUGAACCGCUACCUGAAGACAAAGUGUAUUCAUAGAUUAUCACCUGAACACGUCACAGAAGAAAGUUCCUCCUACAGCAUCAGUGUUCCAGAAACACUCGCCUUCUCCAGAGGUGGUGUGUCACGCUACAGGUUUCUUCCCCAAGGAGGUGAUGAUCUCCUGGAGGAAGGAUGGAGAGGACGUGAACGAGGACGUGGAGCUCAGAGAGACGUUACCCAACCAGGAUGGAAGCUUCCAGAAGAGAAGCAUUCUGAAAGUCCCAGCUGAGGAUCUGCAGAAACACACCUACACCUGCGUGAUUCAGCACAGCAGCUUGAAGGAGGAGUUAGUGCUAGAAGUACCAAAAGGUGGAGGAUCAGAUGGAGGAUCAGGUGGAGGACUGAUGGCUAUCAUCGUUGGUGUUCUCGUGGUUCUCGUGGCUCUUGUGGCUCUCGUUGUCGUUGUUGCUGGCAUUAUGGUCUGGAAAAAGAAAAACUAUGGUGAAUAUGAGUUCAAUCUUCUAUCUGUGACUAAGACAGACAACCAAGACGAACCACAUCCAACUGUUCUUUUCUGUUUUUUCCCCCUUUUUGUUGUAUUUGUACCAUAUUCGUUCAUUAAAUAUUCUAAAAAACAUUGCAUAUGCCUAAGCAGCACGUUCUGCUAG